CAGAGGUUUUCGCAAGGCUCAUGCCAUUUGCACCAGGUGGCGCUGGCGCCCACAACCUCAGACGACGCGACGGCGAUUGGCGGUCCUGCACCCGUCACUCCCAGUCUCUAAGCACAGGAUCGCUGGUCUUUCUCCAAUAGUAUAUAUCUAGAUCGCAAGUGGUUUCUCGACUUUCCAGCAGCAUAGCCCUAGAAGAAACCGACUCACUGUUCUCUAUUAUUUUCCCUGCCCAAAUUGUUCAGAUCAGUGCGGAAUUUUGUUGCCUUAGCUCGAUUGGUUUCGAUUUGAUCCUCUCGUCUUUGUAAUCCGAGAAUGGGAGGCGGGAAGGUCGUCAAGCGUGCCAAGUACAAGCCUUCAGUGAAGGACCCUGGUGUUCCUGGCGUACUGGACAUGACAGAGGAAAGGUUCAUCUUCAGGCCUAACAACCCAGGAUCUUCACCAAGCCUUGACGUACAGUUCAAGUUGAUUAAAGGACACAAGUUCACCAAGGAGGGAUCACAUAGGCAAGCACUGCUUAAUCUCACUCAUGGACAGGGUGGGAGUUACAUUUUUGAGUUUGAAAACUUCUCUGAUCGUGAUGUUUGCAAAGAGUUUGUAGGCAAUGCUAUUGCCAUUGCUGGAGAAGCUGGCAAAAGUGGUGGCAAAAGUGGCUCUGAGAAAUCUGCUGUUACACCUCAUGAUGAACAACUUACCACUGCAGAAAUGGAGCGUCGGAUUAAGCUACUGCAGGAAGAUGGUGAGUUGCAGAAACUCCAUAAGCAAUUUGUGAUAGGAGGUGUUUUGACAGAAGCUGAAUUUUGGGCAACAAGGAAGAAGUUGCUGGAAGGAGACGCCCGAAAGGUGAAAAGACAGCGGGUGGGGUUUAAAAGUGCAAUGCUUGCAGAUGUCAAACCAUCAGCUGAUGGUCGGUCAAAUCGAGUUACUUUCAACUUGACGCCAGAGAUUAUUCAUCAGAUUUUUGCUGAGAAACCAGCUGUUCAUCAAGCAUUCCUGAAGUUUGUUCCCAAUAAGAUGACAGAAAAGGACUUCUGGACCAAAUAUUGCCGAGCAGAGUACCUUCACAGAACAAGAAAUACCGUUGCUGCUGCAGCAGAGGCUGCUGAAGAUGAAGAGCUUGCUGUUUUCUUGAAACAUGAUGAUGUAUGGCAAAAUGAAGCUCGGCGUAAGAUUAGACAGGUUGAUCCAACUCUAGACAUGCAAGCUGAUGAAGGGGAUGACUACAUUCAUCUUCCGGAUCAUGGGAUCUCUUGUGAUGGCAGCAACGAUGCUAUUGACUCACAAUACGAAGAAUAUAGAAGGUCUCUUUCGCAAGUCCUUAAUCGGCAUGGUGCUGUUGUUCUUGAGGGGAGAUCCAUAGAUGUGGAGUUGGGAGACACAAGGUCUGUAGCUGAAGCUCUUGCGAGGUCAAAACAGGUUGAGUUGGCUAACGAAGCAAACCAGGUACGCUUGGAUCGAAUUUCUCAGAUGGCUGAGAUUGAGGAUCUUCAGGCUCCUCGUGAGCCCCCAUUGGCACCACUUUUCAUCAAGGAUCCUCGAGACUACUUUGAUUCUCAACAAGCUAAUGCAUUGAAAACUUUGGGAGAUACACUAGCUGGAAGAAGAGAAAUGAAGUGCAGUCUGAGUACCAGAGAAGCCUAUGGUUCUUUGAGAGACUGUAUAUGUGAGAUUAAAAUUGCUGGAUUGAGUGAGCCCACAGUUAAACCUGAAGUUGCUUUUAAGGUUUUUAACGGAUUGACCCAGAAUAUUUCAAGUUCCAAAUAUCAUCUUGGGAAGAAUCCACGGGAGAGUGUGUUGGAUAGGUUGCCAGACAUUGUUAAAGAGGAACUCUUACUUCAUUGGACAUCCAUUCAGGAAUUACUUAAGCAUUUCUGGUCAUCAUAUCCAAUCACAACUUCAUACCUUUUUGUCAAGGUAGGAAGACUGAAGGAUGCCAUGUCACAAAUAUAUCCGAAGCUACAGGAGAUCAAGGAAAAGGUGCAGUCAGAUUUCAGGCAUCAAGUUUCCCUUCUUGUUCAACCAAUGCUUCAGCCUGAUGCACAGAGACCAUUUUGGUGCAGGCUCUGGAUGCUGCUUUUGCACAUUAUGAUGCAGACUCGCAGAAGAGAUCUGGCAAGACGGGCGAUAGACCCAAUGGAGUCGUGUAGGAGACUUUCCCUGUUGGUGAUGCCUAUAUAGCAGUUGCAAUUGUGUGCAUCACAGCGAUCAAAUACAACUGUACAUCUAAUGAAAUUUUGCUUUUGUCUUGAGAGAAAAGGUUGGCAUAAUAUAUGUUGCAUUGAAAUGAUGAUACUAUCUAUUAAUUGUCCAAUUUUUGGCUUAUAGCUUAUAUCCAACGACUGUGAUUCUACUACAGCUCUGUUUAGUUUUUCUCUGAUUCUUCUUCGGGUUAUAUCACACUUUGACAAAUAUAUUUUACUUUUCAAUAUACAAUUAUUAAGAAACCAUAUCAAAACUUUGUAACAAAUGAAUUAUUCAUACAUAGUUGAUUGUUACUACAAUUAUCAAAUGA